AUGCGAGUCCCUCCACCCACGAGCCAAAUCCCCACCACUACAUUCUCCUCCUUCGAUAGCGCCCAACGCAUUCAACGCGAUAUCUUCCCAACACUCCAGCCAUACAGCAAUAUCUCCCACGCCAACAACCUCAUUCAACUUGUCCGCACCAUCCUCUCUGCCGUUCUUCACACCAACGACAACCCUCACGUCAACGACACCGCCAUAUACUUAGGCGCACAUGCCGCAUUCUCAGAACUUGAUGCAAUCACCGCUAUCACCGACCGCAACAACUAUCAGAAAGCCACCACCGAUGCACAAUCUGACCUCAACC